CACAGUGCCCCCCUUUUCCAUGAACACUCCCUCUCCCUUCUCCGCCCAUUCCUCUCUCGCUCCGCUCUCCACUAUUACCUGUUCCAGCGCAACUGGCUACAGCCCUCGAGUUCGUGAGCCACGUCACCCCCGCCCAAAAUACACACACACACAUACACGCGCGCGCAAACACUAAAACCUCACUUGAACUGCUUUCAACGCUUUCCAGGAUCACUAAAAGAACACCAAACGACAUUUUCUUCAACAAUAACUCGUCGUGGGAACCCAACAUCUUUCUUUAUUUCCUGCCACUCGAGGACCCCCCUGCGCGAGAUUCGCCACCAUGCACUUGUUGUCCGCCGACUGCCUGGGCUCCCUUUUCCUUCUCCUCCCCACUUUUUUCGGCCAAGUGAGCGGCCUGGAGACGGUGAUGGGCCUGUACGACCAAACACUGGAGAUUCCGUGCAACAAAGGAGCCGUGAAAGCGGAAGACGCGCUGAUCACAAAGUGGAAAUAUGACAAAGGAGAUGGACUCUCAGGAGACCUGCUGGUCAGAAAGAAAACUGAAAGCGUCUCCAUUAGCACCACAGAUGAAUACAAGGGUCGCAUCAACAUGGCCGCCAAUUCCAGUCUGCUGCUUUCUGCCCUCAAGCUGAGCGACCAGCGCACUUUCACCUGCAUGGUGGUGGUCGGCUUAGACAUUGACGAGUACCCAGUCAACGUGGUCGUCUAUAAGGCGCCUGAAGGGUUGGAGAUUUCUGACAAGGCACAAGAGUUGGCCAUUGGCAAACUUACAAAGCUGGCCACAUGUAUUGCAAAGGAUGCCAAUCCGGCAGCCAACAUCACAUGGCUCAAAAACAACAAACCCCUGGUGGAUGGCGGGAAAGGCGUUUCCAUCCGAGCCUCGGUGCAGGUGGACCCGGUGAGCGGCCUGUCGAGCACCUCGUCCACACUGGAAUACUCUGCUACAAAGGAGGACACCGACGCCCAGUUCUCAUGCAGCGCUCAGCACAACGUGGGGAAGGAGCUGGCAUCGUCUGCGCUCACUUUCACCAUCACAUACUCCACGGAGAACAUCGUCCUGGAGGUGAUUGCCCCAGAACCUCUGGUGGAAGGUGACAACGUGACCCUCAAGUGCAUGGCAGACGGCAACCCGGCCCCGACCAGCUUCAACUUCCACGUGAAGGGCGAUGUCAUUCCUGUGAAAAAUAUGGAUACAUACACACUCACUCAUGUCUCGCGUGACGACACCGGUGAAUAUCAAUGCUCCCUAAUUGACAACCCUGCCAUGAUGGCUUCCAAGGACGUCACAGUCAAUUACCUAGACAUCGAAUUAAGUCCCACCGGGAGUGUCGUCAAGGCAGCUGGGGAGGCCUUGGAGCUAUCUUUCCAGAUCGACUCUUCAGGACAAUCAAAGGUCUCUUGGACCAAGGACAAUGUCAAGCUGGACAAAGAGCCCGAGUUUACCGAGCUCAAGUACUCAGAUUCUGGCCGCUAUGAGAGUGAUGUGAAGAUGGGAGCACUUAGCAAGAAGGUUUUUUUUGACCUGGUUGUUGAAGGCGCUCCAGUGAUCAAACAGCUGUCCAAACAGCGUAGUGAAGACGGUCAACAUAAAGUCUUGAUUUGUGAGGCCGAGGGCUCUCCAAAGCCAUCUGUUUCCUGGAGCAUCAAUGGCACCUCGCUUGAAGAAAGUCCCUUCCUCAAUGGCAAGGUCACGCACAAAAUCACGGUGGUGCCCACCAUCAACCUGACGGUCUCGUGCACCGUGUCCAACGAGUUUGGCGUGGACACAUGGACCAUCGAUGUGUCUUCUCUAUUUGAGGAGGUGAGAGUGGAUAAACGAGACGAAUCGGAGGAUGCCGAUCAAACCAAGCUGGUGGUCGGAGUGGUGGUCGGCCUAUUUAUCGCCACCAUGCUCAUUGGGCUGGCUUACGGGAUUUGCCAGAAGAAAUCCAAGCAAGGCAGCUGGAAGACUGGCGAGAAGGAGAACGGCUCCUCCGAUGAGGAGAGAAAGCUCGAGGAGAAGGUGGAGGAGAACAGCCAAAAAGCUGAAGUGUAGAGGAAACGCGAAAGCCACCUACAAUCCUUUGGGAAUGUGAAAGGUUGCAUCCGCAUACAUUUGCACACGAUCAUAUCAAUGUGAAUUCUAACUAACAUUGUGGUCCUUUGCAGUGAGAACAUAGAACAUUUCACGUUUCUCCUCCUCACUUCAUCUUUUGGAAAACGAAGAA